AUGCUAGGCAUUGAGAAUGCUAUUCAGUCUCAAAUUUCAUACUUGCGAAGCCAAGAGUUACGCAUCUCGGAGGGGAUGAGGUGGAUAUUGAUUGCCUAUAACGCAAGUGCAAACGCCCUCGGUAUCUUCGCUCCGGUUGUCACGUUGAUAUUAUAUGCCUUGUCUUCAAACCAUGAAGAAUCUAUGCAGGCUACUGAAAUCUUCUCAUCCCUCGCUCUCCUGGCUAUGGUAACACACCCAGCGAACAUGGUUAUGACUUUAGUCCCUCGUGCCGUUGCUGUAAUGGCGAACUUUGCCCGAGUGCAGUCGUAUCUCACUAAGCCAUUAAUUGAGGACAGCCGGCAGUGUACGAGUGAAGCCACCCGUUUUAUUUCGGUGGAGAAUGUGACUAUCAAGCCUGCUUCGAUGUCCUUUCCUAUCCUAGGGAAUGUCUCUUUAGAAAUACGCAGUGGUGAGAUCCUGCUCUGUGUUGGUGCCGUGGGAAGCGGGAAAACAACGCUGGCACUGGCCUUAUUAGGAGAAGCCUCGUCUACUGGCACCAUCGUGGUGCCUUCAAAGCAAAUAGCAUACUGCGCUCAAGAAGCUUGGCUCCCAAGUGCAACUAUCUGCGAUGCAAUAUCAGGAGAGGCUAGUGGUCUAAAUCAAGAGUGGUACGACACGGUCGUCGAUGCAUGCGGCUUAAUUCCCGACCUCGAGGCGCUUCCCCACGGUGAUAAAACCAUGAUUGAAAACAACGGAAUCAACUUAUCAGGAGGCCAGAAGCAGCGCAUUGCUCUGGCUCGAGCGGUAUACUCACAACACAAAGUACUGGUUCUUGACGAUCCCUUCAGUGCACUUGACCAGAAUGUAAGAGGUAAUAUUCUCAAAUGGGCGGUUGAGGCACCUUCAGAAGACUUACGAAUGUACAUGGUCCUCUAUGUUGCAGUCUCAGGCAUUGCGUGGAUAGCAACGAAUGGAACCAUGUGGUCUACUCAUCUCAAGAUUGCUAUACGCUCAGGGGAAAUGCUCCAUGGUCAGCUGCUGGGUACAAUUCUUCGGGCACCUCUGGCCUAUUUCACCGAAACCCAAAUUGGUGUGACAUUGAAUAGGUUCAGCCAGGAUAUCUCUCUUGUUGACAAGCAGCUCCCUCCGGCGCUAGCCAACCUCAGCAACCAGAUCUUCAAGCUCUUCGCGCAAGUUGUCCUCAUAUUGAGCGUCCAACCUUUGAUGACAGCAACAGUCCCAAUAUGUUUUAUCUGCGUCUACUUCAUCCAGCGGGUAUACCUUCGAACGUCUAAACAACUUCGGUACCUCGAUCUAGAGUCCAAGUCACAAGUCUACACCAAUAUGCUAGACACAGUCAAUGGUGCAACCACAAUUAGAGCCUUUGGCUGGCAGAAAAAGGUCGAACAAAAAUUCGACGACGCGCUGAACCUUUUCCAAAAGCCUUCAUAUCUUCUUCUCUGUCUGCAGUGUUGGUUAAAGGUCGUCUUAGAUUGCUUGAUCGCAUUGAUCGCCAUCAGCCUCAUUGCACUCACACUCGGGUAUAGAUAUACCACAACCGGUGCCGACAUCGGAUUAGCCCUCAACCUCAUCAUAAUGGCAAACAGUACUCUUUUGAAGCUGGUGCAGUCAUGGGCUUCCCUAGAAACCUCUUUGGGAGCUAUUUCCCGGUUAAAGAGCGUACAAAAGUCUGUGUCUAUUGAAGACGAAGUCUGCGUCUCGGAUCCAGGUCCUCGAUGGCCAUUAUCGGGUGAUACAUCGGUAGACAAUGUUUCGGUCUCAUAUUCUUCGCCACCGGGCCUUGCUUUACAAAGUAUGUCUCUUCGGAUCAUUGGUGGACAGAAAGUCAUUAUCAUGGGCCGGACAGGAAGUGGGAAAAGCACGCUCAUGCUUUCUUUACUCAAGCUUCUCGCUGUCAAGGAAGGAAUGAUUUCAAUAGACGGUAUCGACAUUGCUCAAAUCUCAUCGAGUGCCGUGCGCCAACGCGGUAUCAUUGCAGUGCCACAAGAUGGCUUCAAUAUCCCAACGGCAACACUACGAUUCAACCUGGAUCCUUACCAUAUGAGCUCAGAAAAAUCAAUUGUCAUGGCUCUGAAGAAGACACGACUUUGGGAAAAGCUCACAUCUGUUUUCUUUGAAAUGCAUGAAACCCCAGAUGCAGGUUUGGAAUCCACGAAAUUACUUGACUUGCCAAUGUCAUUCUUUCUACCACUCUCCGCUGGUCAAUUGCAGCUCUUUGCUUUAUGUCGAAUGCUGCUACGGGUGUGGUCAAUGGCGUCGACGAAGCCUGUCAUCAUACUAGAUGAAGCGAGCUCUUCCCUAGACCUGGAAACUGAGUUUAUUCUCCAUGAGAUUUUAGUGGAAGAUCUCUGCACCCAUACAGUUGUGAUUAUCGCGCACCAGGUUGAUGGCAUAAUCGGUGCAAUGAGAUCGGGACAUGAUAAAAUUGUGAUGAUGCAAGAUGGGCAAGUAUUGACGGAAUCUUUGAUCGGGCAUGUCUUGGUCGAUGUGUAG